GGACUAUUGACAAACUGCAUUUGCACUUCCUUCAGUGGAGGUUUUGGGAUAUCUGCAGAACGGGACGUCUGGCUUACUGGCUCUGCAGAUAAACUUUUAACGCCCUGGAAUUUAAAAGAAGUAACGUCAAAUAAUGAGCUGUAUCCUGACUCUGAUUUUACAGUUAUGAAAUUGGAAAAAGGAUUUUAUAUUUUGAAUACGUAAAAACAAAAAUAACAUAUUGGAACAAUUGAAAUAUUUGCCAUUUGGCACUAGCAAAUCCCUUGUUUUUGGGCACGGAUACCAUUGACUACUGCAACCAUGCUUAAACAGAUAUUAGCCGAUAUGUACAUUGACCCGGAACUCUUGGCUGAACUAAGUGAAGAACAGAAACAGAUUCUAUUCUUCAAAAUGAGGGAGGAACAGAUUAGGAGGUGGAAAGAGAGGGAAGCCAAACUUGAACAAAAAGAAGCGAUGAAAAUACGCAAUCAACAAAAGAAAGCGUCUAAGAAAUCUGUAAAUUGGCGUCUUGGAGCAGAUGAAGAAGUUUGGGUCUGGGUGAUGGGGGAGCACACAUCAGACAAAUCUUAUGAUAUCGUGUGUGAUGAGAUCAUCUCUGAACGGGCUCGUAAGCAAGCAGAGAAAGAGGCUGAGGAGCGAAGGAAAGCGCAAGACGAGGAAUUAGCCAAAUUUACCAAAGCCUUGACACUGCAGACCCAGAUUGAAACUGUGGAAAAAUGGAAGAAAACUGUGGAAAACAAGAAGGUCGCCCGGGAAGAGGCUAAAUUAGCAGAACAGGAAAGAAUCAAUGAAGAAAUUAGGUCUGAUCCAGAUAAACCAAGAUCUAUUCAAGACAUGUUGUCUGAUGCUGCCCAACGGAUGAGGAAAUAUGCAACGGUCAAGAAGAAAGAAAUGGCAUUAAAGGUACAGGAAAAAGAAUCUGAGAGGCUUGAAGAUAGAACUCAGGAGAUCUACAUGAACUGGAAAGAAGCACAAGAUGUUAAGCAAAAACUAGAAAAAGAAGAUAAAGAAUGGCAGGAAUCAUUACGGAAAUCAAAGGCAGCAGAUGAACGGCGGCGUUCUAUAGCUAAGCAAGCCAGGGAUGAUUACAAAAGGCUAUCGAUGCAGGCCAUUGAAAGAGGCCAGGUAGCUGAACGGGCUAAAAAUUUUGGAGAAGUAAAGAGGCCUCCUCUACCACCAAAACCAAAUGUCUCUACUGCUGCGCCUGUAAAUUACAGCAACCUAAUCAGGAGACAAGGUGUCAGAAGAGUCAAUUCUAGUUCAACACGGGAAAAUAUCAUAAAAUGGUUUAAAGAAGAGCAGCUGCCUUUAAGAGCGGGUUGUGAUAAAUCUGGCACCUACAUUGCGCCAUGGUUUCAUGGUAUUAUUUCCCGACUAGAAUCAGAAGAGCUUUUAAAAAGUCAAGUGCCUGGGAGCUUUCUUCUACGCGUUAGUGAAAAGAUCCACGGCUAUGUUCUCACGUACCGCUCUGACGAAGGAUACAUGCACUUUAUGAUAGAUGCGUCUGGUACUUCCUUCAGCUUUUUGGGAGUGGAUCAGCUACAACAUGCAACAUUGGCUGACCUUGUAGAAUAUCACAAGGCCGAGCCCAUUACGUCAUUGGGAAAGGAGUUGCUUCUUUACCCGUGUGAUCAGCAAGGACAACAUUGUGACUACAGUGAUUUAUUUGAAUGAGAAUAUAAAGUCUCAGUGACAAGCUGCCCAUCUCUGACAAGUCAAGCAAACAAAUGUACUGUUAAUUAAACCUUCACUUCCAAAGAGCCAGUAGCAUCAUCAUUUUUAGUUUCAUAAAAUCAGCUCUUUAAAGUGAAUAUCCUCAGGGUUCUAUUAUAGUCAAACAUCUUUUCAUGGGAUAAUGACUUGUGGUCCAACAGGCAAUGUGAUCCUUAGUUGUAUCUAUCACAUUGUUUAAGUCUGUGUUUCAUUAUAAUUAAUAAUGCCAUAAUAGACACAUCUGAUGUUUUGUAUUUUGCACCGUAAGCAAAGUUCAGUUGUAUUUUUUAACAAUUUUAAUAUAAACUCUUUGUUCAAAUAUAUUUGUUUUAAACAAUAUGUAAUAAAAUUAUGUUUUUUUGAA